UUCGGGUAAGAUGUCGGCCGCCAUCGCUGCCCUCGCGUCAUACGGGGGCUCGGACUCCGAGUCCGACUCGGAUGCUGAAGGCAGGCCCAGCCUCUCUGCUCAGGUCGCCGGCGCCGACGCGAUGCUUCACCUGGCGCCGCCGCCGCCCUCUGCGCAACAGGUGCUGCUGCCCGUGGUGGACUCGGCCCCGGCGGUGUCGGUGAAGGAAGAUGUGGAAACAGGGGUUCAUCUUGAUCCAACCACCAAGGAAGUUCAAUAUAAUCCCAGGUAUGACACCAUGUUUGCACCAGAGUUUGGGCCAGUCAAUCCAUUUAGGACUCAACAGAUGGCAGCUCCCAGGAAUAUGCUUUCUGGAUAUACAGAACCAGCACAUAUUAAUGAUUUCAUGUUUGAACAACAGAGAAGAACAUUUGCAACUUAUGGAUAUGCACUAGAUCCUUCGAUAGAUAAUUGUGAAGUUUCUACUAAAUAUAUUGGAUCUGUAGAAGAAGCAGAAAAAAACCAAGGUUUAACUGUGUUUGAAACAGGACAAAAGAAAAUGGAGAAAAGGAAAAAAUUCAAAGAGAAUGAUGCAUCUAAUAUAGAUGGGUUCUUGGGACCUUGGGCAAAAUAUGUUGAUGAAAAGGAGGUUGCAAAACCUUCAGAAGAAGAACAGAGGGAACUGGAUGAAAUAACUGCAAAAAGGCAGAAGAAGGGCAAACAUGAAGAUGAUAAGCCUGGAGAAGAAAAGACAGUUUUGCAUGUCAAAGAAAUGUAUGACUAUCAAGGGAGGUCCUACCUUCAUGUACCUCAGGAUGUUGGUGUUAACCUACGUUCAACCGUACCUCCUGAAAAGUGUUACCUUCCUAAGAAACAAAUCCACGUAUGGUCAGGUCAUACAAAGGGAGUCAGUGCUGUCAGGCUGUUUCCUCUUUCUGGCCAUCUGCUCUUAUCUUGUUCCAUGGAUUGUAAAAUUAAGCUCUGGGAAGUGUACGGUGAACGAAGAUGUUUGAGAACAUUCAUUGGGCACAGUAAAGCUGUUAGAGAUAUAUGCUUUAACAAUGCUGGGAACCAAUUCCUCAGUGCUGCAUACGACCGGUAUCUCAAACUGUGGGACACUGAAACAGGACAGUGUAUUUCAAGAUUCACCAACAGAAAAGUUCCUUACUGUGUCAAAUUCAAUCCUGAUGAAGAUAAGCAGAAUCUUUUUGUAGCAGGAAUGUCGGAUAAGAAAAUUGUGCAGUGGGAUAUUCGAAGUGGAGAAAUUGUUCAGGAAUAUGAUAGGCAUUUGGGGGCUGUCAACACCAUUGUUUUUGUGGAUGAGAACCGAAGAUUUGUGAGUACAUCAGAUGACAAGAGUUUAAGAGUCUGGGAAUGGGACAUUCCAGUAGAUUUUAAGUACAUAGCAGAGCCAAGUAUGCACUCAAUGCCAGCAGUGACUUUAUCUCCAAAUGGAAAGUGGCUUGCCUGUCAAUCAAUGGACAAUCAGAUUUUGAUAUUUGGAGCUCAAAACAGAUUCAGGCUAAACAAAAAGAAAAUCUUCAAAGGUCAUAUGGUGGCAGGCUAUGCUUGCCAGGUAGAUUUUUCACCUGAUAUGAGCUAUGUGACCUCAGGUGAUGCAGAUGGAAAGUUAAAUAUCUGGGACUGGAAGACAACAAAACUCUAUAGUAGAUUAAAAGCCCAUGACAAAGUCUGCAUUGGUGCAGUGUGGCACCCACAUGAAACAUCCAAAGUGAUCACUUGUGGAUGGGAUGGUCUCAUUAAAUUGUGGGACUGAAGGCUGAACUACAGAAGCUUUGAUCCCUAAUCAGGCAGUUGAUAUCUGAUAUUUCAGGAUCCAUACUCUGCAACAAAUAGGGUGUGCUAAGGACAUUAAUAUGGCUGAUUCAGGUACUUCAGUAUUAUAAUGUACACAUAGCACAUUGGAAAGUCAGAGGUCUGAAAUGUUUUCAUACUGCAAAUCACUGCACAAAUUUGACUAAAUAUGCUAGUCCUUCCAGAAAUUAAAAAGAAUUAAAAUGGAGAAGGUUCAUGCAACUUUUUUUUAUGGAACUGAAGCCAAAGCCUCAAAAGCUUCAUUCUGCUUUCCAAGUACACAGUUUGGAAGAAAAAUACUUUCAUGUUAACAUAAUAUUAAUGUAUUAAUGUAUUUUUUUUACUUGUUGGAAAUCUUACAUAGUUCCUAAAUACAAUAGUAUAUUGUUUCCAUGCAUAUUUUUAAAAAAAUGCUACUCAGAAUUUUUUGGGGGGGAGUGGAAGGAUUUAAUAAAAAGUGUUAGCCAUAUGGAAAAACCUAUUUUUACAAAAAUAGAAAUUGCAGCCCCAGUUUUAUUUCCUUGGAGGAAAAAAAUCUGAUUUCUCCAGCCCUUCAGCACAGAUACAGAAUCAACCCGGAUGCAGAGUAUCCCUCUGACUGUAUCUGAGGAACCUCUCCCAUAAUCCCAUAUAGAAAACUAUUGUGUUUGCAGAUGCAUUGGUUUCAGAUACACGUUCAGACAUUUUAUCUAUGCUUAUCAUUACUGUUUUUUGUUUUGUACUGUUUAAUCCUGAUAGCAAGUAAGACUCUCAUUCUGAUUCAAUAGUUAAAUUUUGUAAUAGGGAAAUUCAAAGGACACAAUACAGGUAUAUAAAAUGUUUAACAAAUAAUUUACCAAAUGCUAUUCCAGCGUAUUUUAUCAGAAACCCACUCAGCCAGUGGAAUUUAUACAACGGCAACCAUUAAUGACUUACACCUCACAGAUUCAUGAUCGUAUUCCAAUUGAAGUCUUGUAAAUAGGCACUUUAAUAUGUUUAUUUUACAAAAAACAUGUCUUUUGUGCUCAACUACUGUACAGAUAUCUCAAUCUUUUUUUACAAACUUAUUUUUAAUAAAUGCUUUAUAUGAAAAUACAGAUUCUAACUUAGCGCACCAUCUGAAGCAGUCUAAAAGUGUGCAUUUUAAAAUAUUUAUUUGGUGUAGAUGUAAUUGAAGUAUGAAUCUAUUUUACCUGAAUUUAUGGUAUUAGAAGAUUAUGAAAGAACACCUCUUUGUAGUGGACACCUUUGGAGGUGGAGACUGUGUAUAACAGAUGUAGGUUGUUUCACUUUAGAAUUGUGUACAGUACUGCCACUCCAUUGGCAGAAUGCAUCUGUCAAAAGGAUGGAUUCUUUACAACUUGUCUACACAUAUUUUGUAUGUGUACUUCCCCAAGUACUAUUAUCUCCAAAUCUGUUUUAGAGGGAAUUCCUCUUAAUGUCACUUAUGCACAGAAAAUAGAGAAAGUGGCAUAAAUUAGUGUGCAUGAACUAUGAAAGUGUCCUGAUCACUGCAUGUGCAUUUAUGUGAAAGCCACUAUGUACAACUUUUUCAGGUACCAUCAUAUAGCAGAUCAGGCCUUCUUAUCUACAGAAUGAUGGGUGUGGCAAUGGAUUGGCUUGGGAAACAGUGUUAGUUUCCUCAAGAAUUUCACUUUGUAAUCAACACUAUAAACUCUCUUGUAUUUCUACAUAUUUACAGAAAUCAAGGAGUUAAUGGAUUGUAUUUCUUGUACAAUUUAUCAUCAUUAUACUUCUGCCUGCAAGUCAAGUUUGUAUGUAAAGGAAAAUAUGUUUAGCAGUUAAAAAGGCAGAAAGUAGUCAAAAUUAGAACUUUUACUGCAAUCUGGCUCACAUAUAAAAAUUGUUCUUAAAAUGUGUCUGCUUAUGCUACAAGCUAGAUAGUCAACACCAGCUGAAAUGAAACAUUUAUAUAAGCGUUCUGUCUCAAACUUACAGCCUUAGGUAGAUGAUCAGGUGAAGUAUUUAAUAAAAUUUCAUGUAAUUCCA